AGAGCGGACGCCGGCUGGCAGACACUGCGGCGGCAUCUCGUGCAUGGCCUGCAGCUGAUCACUGCUCCAAAACACAAUCCCGCACUCCCUAUUUGCCACAGCACGGCACCUAGGCCAAUGGCAGAGGCGGAUGGCGCCACCACCGUGCCGGAGCUCCUAGUUCUGGCCGGCAACCGAGCGCACCUGGAGCGGGAGCGGGCGCUGGGCCGGAUUGAGCAGCUGCUGGACGGUGCAGGCGGCGGCGGGCAGGACCCACAGGCGCUGCUUCUGGAGGUGUGCGACGGCGCGCGUCGGCUGGUGGCGUCGGAUGAGUGGGAGCAACGGCUCGGCGGCCUGCGCCUGGCACGCGUCGUGCUGCAGCGCAAGGCCGAGCCCGCCUUUGCAGAGGACAUGCUGGCCACCUGCCGGCUGCUGCUGGAGGACAGGGAAGUGAGGGUCCGCUGGGCGGUGGGCGAGCUGCUUCGCACGCUGUGCCAGCAGCUGGGCAUCGCCGCCUGGGAGCAGGUGCAGGGCUGCAUCCUGGAAUCCAUCCAGCGCAACUUCGAGCGCGACAGCACCGAGCCCUCGGGCCAGCUGCCGGAUGUGGGGUCAGAGGUGGAGGACAGCAGCGAGAGCAGUACCGGUGACUUCCUUUCCAGCCUGCUGCAGCAGAGCUACCGUGUGGAGCCGCCCGGCAGGGGGGAGAUGCGGCACGGCACCGAGGGCUGGAAGUGCCUGGAGACGUCCUUCAGGGCGCUGCAGCACGUGAUGGAGGGGUGCGGCGAGGCGUUCCGCCCCUACCUGGACGACUCGCUGCGCCAGCUCGUCUACCGAGCGCUGGCACACCCCAACCGCUUCAUCCGCGAGGCCUGCCACUUCAUCAUGGGUAGCGUGUGCAAGCUGCUGGAGGGGUCGCAGCUGGAGGCGCUGGCGCCGGAGAUCGCGGAGAAGCUGGGCCUGGGGCUGAGCGACAACUGGAGCCAAGUGCGGUUUGCGUCCUCCACAGCCACCCGCACAUUCAUGCUGUGUGCGGCGCCCUACCGCGAGCGACUCUUCCCGCAGCUGCUGCCCCACAUGUGCCUCAACAGGUACUACGUGGCAGAGGGGGUGCGGCUGUACUCCCAGGAGACCUGGCGCAUGGUCAUGGGCGACAGCGGGCGGGAGCAGGUGGCCAAGUGCGCGCCGCAGGUGGUGGCCUACUACAUCGAACAGAGCAAGGCCAACAACCACGCUGUGCGCGAGGCGGCCUGCGCCUGCAUCGCGGAGCUGAUGUGCAAGGUGGACCGGCAGGCGGUGUCGCCCUUUGUGCCGCGCCUGCUGCGCGCGCUGCUCAUGUGCUUCAAGGACGCCAGCUGGCCGGUGCGCGACGCGGCCUGCCUGGCCUGCGGCCGCUGCGUCACCGCCUUCCCUGAAGAGUCGAGAGAAGUGCUGGAGGAGCUCUACUCCCUUUGGUUUGCCCACCUGUGGGACAACAUCUAUUCAGUUAGGGAGGACAGCGCGGUGGCGCUGGGCAACGCAGUGCGUGCGUACGGCGAGGAGGCCGUGGCUCGUAUCGUGGAGCGGGUGCGGGGCAUGGUGUUGGAGGCCAGGGACCAGCCCGCAGACAGCCAGCAGUACGGAUCGCUGCAGAACACCACCCUGUUUGGCGUGGCGGCGCAGGUGCGGCGCUGGCAGUGGCUGUGGCUGCGGCGGUGGCAGUGGCGCCGGCGGUGCUGGUGCGCGCCCGCGCCAACGACCCCAGCCUGCACACCGACAAGACGAUGUUCAGCUGCGGCAGCCUGGCGCCCAAGCUGCAGCGCGGCGGCGGCUGCGUGGACCACGGCUUUGCCCGGUGGGUUGGGGGACGCUUCCUGCUGGCGCCUCCCCUGA